AGGACAGUGGUGGCUGGAGAUUUUCUGUUUUUUGAUAGUGAAGAUUGAUGGUUUGCCUAGGGAUAUCAAAUGCAGUUGAUUCGUGAUUAAAGAUCAUGAUGCCUUCAUUGUCUGACUUUGUAUUUUUAAGACUUACUGUAUUUCUUGAUUGUUAGAGUUCAGUAAGGUAUCCAUGUUGUUGGGUAUCCAAUGACUUUUCGUACUUUGGACGGGCUUGUUUGUAAAUAAAAGUCAUAUUACUCGUGUUUCCUUUUGAAAUUUUUAUCGGGGACAGGCAAUGCAAGUAACCUUUGGAGGACUCUAGUGAAAAGAAGAAAUAAUUAGUCAAUGGAACUUUCGAAUAUUAGCAAGUAGUAAGCACAUUAUAUUGGUUUGUUUUAAGAAAAAGAAUGGAAAUCUUUUGGUGUUGGAGAAAGUUCUUGUAAAAUUAGUUUCUACAAAUAAAAAUGUAUUUGACGAUGUUUAAAAUUUUGCAACGGGCUGCAUUUUAUUCACAAAUAUGAACAAGAAACUGUCUGAGAUUAUUGAUUCUUUUCUCCAGGUUUAAACUGUAGUCAGUAAAUGAUAACGACAAGGUUUUGUUUUAACCCACAAUGGUAGUUGUGAUGUUUAUUUUAAAAGAAUAAUAUCCACAGAGACCAGAAAAGGUACAAAGACAUUGAAGUUACUUGAGGGAUCUUGAGAUUUCUUUGCCUCUGCCAUUUUGAUGAUGUAUUUAAAGGUUCUUUUGGUGCAAAAAAUUGUGGUGUAGAACUGCGACUUGUGGUAAAAAUGCUGAAUUGAUUUUAUAUGUUAUCAAAGGGCUAGAGCGUGGUAAAUAUCAUUGUUGAAAUAUGGAAUUUAUUUUGUACUUUUUGUUGAAAUCGGAAAUCGAUGAUAAUUUUUUAGAUUUUUGUAGCAAAUUCACCCGUGACAACAAAUGAUUAUUUGAGGAUAAUUCAAAAAAAGCUAUUGAAAGCAUUGUGCUAAGAGCUCUCUAACAUUUAAAAAUUUUGUAGCUUUCCGACUGUUCCAUUUCUUGGUUGUCUGCCCGUUUUUUUCCUUUUUCACUGGGUAGAUUGCAAAUAUCGUAUUGACCUUAAACUCAUAGCUACACAAAAUCCAACUUUCCCACCUACAUUUGUUACUAUAUAAAAUCCACCGGAAGUGCAAAAAAGCCUAUUCCAGCUCACAAUGUUGCAGAAACUGGGCCAUUUAUUGUCUGGAGAAGAGGACAAGAACAAAAAAAAAUCUGAACUUUUUUUCUUCUGUUCUCUCCUCUCCAGCUAAUGCAAACUAUUAAUUAAUUCAAACCUGUAUGCUGUUCAUGGUGAAAAGAUUGGCAAAAGUUACACGACACUGUCUCAUGGUGAGCUCGCAUGGAGAAAAAUUGAUUUGAUAGAGUUUCGCAGGUUUCUGGCCUACCUAAUUUAUAUGGGCAUUGUCAAGAUAUCCUAUUUUCUGGAUUGUUAUGGUCAAUGUUUCUGCCAACAUUUAGAAGAUAUUGUGCAAUUCUUGCAAUCUUUAAGGCUGUGAUCAACAAAAUGUGAUAUACUGGGGUUUUAAAUUAUGGGUUUUAGCAGACUAAGGUCUUCCACUGGCUACAGUUGGGAUAUGGUAGUUAAUACUGGCAGAAAGAGAGGAGACGGCUGGGAUGACUACACGGUGAAGUAGACAACCUUCAAGGAAUACCUGAAGCAUUAGGUAGACAAAGGUCCACGUCAGCGGCAGAUGAGAUUUCUGGUUUAUCGUCGCAGGUAGCAGCAAGAGUUGUUAUCAAGCUGACAGAGCCUUUGAAGAAUAAGGGCUACAUACUGUUUGUUGAUAAUUAUUAUACAAGCAUUCCUUUAUUCUAAUAUCUUUCAUCUGUUGGCUUACAUGCAAUUGAAACCAUAAUCUCUUACCAGGAGAACCUAAACACAUCCUCUUUUCUAGAAACAAUGAAAAACAGGGCUGCAUGGUGUAAAAAUAAGGAGAGAGGAGCAGUAAGGUAUGAAAGGAUUGGUGAAAGUCCUCAUGAUGUCUUACUUCUUCAGUGGAUUGAUAGGAAUGUUGUUUCCAUUUAUUCAACUGAUCAUUCUGCAAAUUACUUUGGCUAUUUUGAAGAAAUCUGAAAGAUGGUAUUCAUCAUAGAAGGGUUGAGAUUAUGAUGCCACAAUGUAUCAGAGAUUACAAUAAUGACAUGAAUGGAGUUGAUCUUUCAGACCAAAUGUAUCAAUUGUAUUCUGUGCAAUAUGGGACUAAAUAGUUUUGGAAGACACUGUUCUUUCAUUUUAUUGAUUUGCUUUGUGGAAUGCAUUUGUAUUUUGGUCUGAAACUGAAAAGCACCACAGAAAAAUAUACAUUCCUUAAUUUCAAGAUGGAACUGGUUAAACAACUGGCUGAAACAGACCAAAAGGCAACCAAAGGAUUUCGGGAUGCCAAUAUAAUUCAGCUGUAUGCCUCUUUUGAUACUAAAAUAAAGGGCAUUGAUAGCCUUUCAAGUGAAGCAACAUCUCAUGCUGUAAAAGCCAACUGCAAAGCUAACCCAAAUUGAUUUUAAAUAAAAACUUAAUCACUUCAUUCUCUUUCUUGUGUACUGAUCAAUUUAUAUCGCUCACAUCAAUUAUUAUUUGUUAAGUUUCACAUGCAGCUAGAGGUGUAUCUUGCGAGGGCAUAGAGCAUGUGACACCCCAAAUACAUCAUGAGGUGGUUGUUGGUCAGUUGGUCCACAAAAUCCUUAAUAAAAUCGCUGGUCGGUAGGUGAAGUGGCACCUAAAUUUUUUAUCUAGAUGUGUUAGUUGGGAGAUUUUGCUUUUGAUUAAGACACUUUCAGUAAAUUUUGGUUGUAAAGAAUGAAAUAAAAAAACUUGCAUAUAAGAGUCAAGUGUUAUUCUUUUUUAUUUUGUUUUUUAAAACUGAUGGAUGAAUAUUUACUGAAAGCUUUACAGUUCAGAUCAACAAUCAAAAUCAGAAAUUCUAGAUCGAGCGUGAGUUGAAAAUUGAAGUGUCCGACUGGAACCGCUGGAACGUUAGAAAGAAAUAAUUAGUGCGAUUUAUAAAGAGCCAGUAGAAGCAUUAUUUCAGCCCAUAUGGAUCCAAAAUUUCUUGGAUGUAGAGGGCGAAAGAAAAAUAGUAAGGCUGAGCUCCUUGCUUUUUUGAAAUUCCAUUGGUGAAAAACAAGAAUUUGCAAGUGUUUCAAAAUUUCGGUAAGAAAAAACUCUUUGGCAUUAAUUCAAGUUGGUGUAACAGUACUGAGAAGAAAGGAAGAUUCAGUUGUUAUACUUUAUACUGCAGCUUCCAAAACAUCUCCAAUGCUGAACAGGUUUGUUAUUUGAAUUAAAUCCUCGCGUGGCUCUGGCUUUAGUACUGCUGUAAAAUGAGUACCACUGAAUAAGACAGUCAAUGGCAUGCCACCAUCAUAACUAUCACUAAACGGAGGAUAAUGUUGCAUUGUUUGCUAAGAAUGUAUGUUGAAAUGAUCAACUAAUUCUUCAAAACUUGCAUCCAAAAAGUAAUAUAUAUUGGUACCUCUCAACAGAAAAACUAAUAUAUGGGUCAGCAAAUGCCAGCAGGGCGAUAUCACCACAAAAUGCAUGCAACCCUUUGAUUUCGUCCACAUAAUCCUCGUAUGUGAAAGCCGACUUUACGUUGCAGCUGUCUGGAAUGUUUCUCAUGCUUGAAGAUGUGGUACAAAGCUACUUGUCUCAAAAACCUUGCAAUUUAAAUUUUUCAGGAUGAUGGAACAGCUGCUUCCAGAUGGAAUAAAAUAGGCAGCUGCCAUCACCAUCUGUCUUCACUGCUCGCAAGUGCUCUUGAACGACAGGGUGAAAUAUUUCUUGUUGCCCGUAAUCGAUCUGUGUGGAAAGUAAGAUGAAUAUACAUUAGUACAUCAAUGCCACGCCAUAUAUCACUAAUUGAAUCAAAGUGAGCACUGUGUCAUAAAUACAUGUCUACUGGUGCAUGUAAAUAAAAUUUUAUAGUAUUCCGAAGAGCUUGAAGAUGGUGGUGAUCGCCCUGCUCCCUUUUUGGAAUUUCUUGUUUUAGAAGGUUGCCUGCUUGAUAUUGACUGCUGUGCUGGCCACGUUUGGCUGGUUCCUUCUGCCCUGGCUCCUUCUGCGCUGGCUCCUUCUGCACUGGCUCCUCUGUGCUGGCUUCUUCUGUGCUAGCUCCUGCUGCCCUGGCUCCUUCUGCGCUGGCUCCUUCUGUGCUGGCUCCUUCUGCGCUGGCCCUUUCUGCGCUGGCUCCUUCUGCCCCGCAUUACAGAUUCUUGGAUUUUCAGGUGGCACUGGCGGGUGUUUGUCCAUCGAAUUCGAAUUCUUUUUGUCUUUAGGAGAUUCAGGGGGUCGUUUCAUGGGGUCGUAUCAGGGGGUUCUUCAUCCAAUCCAACAAGUCCCUGUAGAAUGGUUUAAAAAUCACUGCUCCUUGAUCGUAGUCGAGCAAGUGAAGGUUGUCUAGCGACUUGACUUUUGAAAAUGCAACGUACACCUGGCUGCUGGCAAAGAAGUUCUUGUUCAGCAAUAUGUAUGCUUUCUCUAGAGUCAUACUCUGAACUUUGUGAACGGUCAAUGCCUAUCCUAGAAGCAAGGGAAUUUGGUACAAACAUACUGAACUACAGCUUCAGGGAAUGAAAGAUUCUGCUUCAUCCUGGUCGCCACAUUUUUUCCUGACAGUUUUCACAUUUUCAACAGUAGUAUAGUUUUGUGAUUCUGCACCAUUGCUGUACCAUUCAACCAGCUGUGUUCAACAUCUAUAUUCUUAGUAAGAACAACUCUUGCAACCACCUUCAGAGUAAGGGUGUCCUCGAGUCAUUCUUUAUGAUAAGAGCGUCACUUUUUUAUAACAGCUUCUGAAACAGGAUUGCCUGUUACAUGUGAAUCAGUAGCAUCAAAUGUAAAAAGUUCUGUAUCAAGCUUUUCUAGAAAGAUACUAUUCCAAUGGUUUCGCUCCCUUCUAAAGGAACAAAUAAUGGCUGCAUUGCCUAGAUCAAUAGCAUCAAUGUCAUCAAUUGAAACAACUUUAGUUCUCAGAAUGUCAUCAAUUUCACAAUUUGUCUUACGAAGACGUAUAGUUGACAGCAUAUGUUGAAACGUUUCAUCAUCAUGACGCUUUAUAUCCUUGAGCAUCACAAUACUGAACUUCCUCCAUAAGAAGGAAUCAAAUAUGUCACGCUCAAUGGCUGGAAGUUGUGCAGGAUCACCCAUUAAAAUGAUGUGCUUACCUCCAAAUUGCAUAUGCUGCAAAAAUGACAGAUUCAAUGUGAAUGUUGUUGACCCUUAAGUUACCAAGAUCUGCAUGAUCUGGAUUGAAGUCAGCAACAGUGACUUCUUCUUCAUCUUUGACUGCAUUGGCACAAUGGGCAGUUGUUACCUCAUCAAUGAACGUAUUGAAUUCGUCUUCACCGAUCCAGUCCAUGUCACAUAAGGAUUGUGCCAUCUUGCGCAGACGAGCGAGUGAGAACCCUCUUUGUCUGGCAUCCUGGAGAGCAGUCAUGGCGUCGUCUCGCUCUUCAAUCAGGUUACGAAUGGCACAUUGUUUUCGACACAUUGUUUGGAGAAAUGACAGGCGUUUCUUUCCGCAAAGGCAGAUUCAACACCGGCUUUUGCAUGUAGUAGUUCUCCUGGUUUUCACCAUUCGGAAGGUAGAAUCUCCACCGGGCAACAGCUUCAACCUUGCGCUGUUUCCAUCUUCUACCCAUUCAGUCAACAAGGACUGCCGGACGUACGUCUGACGUGUCUUCCUCAUCUGAGCUGUCAUCAUCCUGCUGUAAAUUAGAUCGACGACUAUUAUUAGAUCUGUCUAAUAAAUAUUUUUCAGCCCAGUCAACGUAUAAAACGUUUUCGAGCUGUCGAGGGCGUUCCAUGUACGCAUCCAACAGAUUAGAAUAAAAAAUAUCAUCACUGUCUGUAUUGCAAGGAAGAUCCUUCUUACGAUUAACAUUUCCCUUCUUAUGUUUGGUGGUUUGCUAAUUUUAGCUACGGUUCUAAGUGCAAAUGUCGAAGAAGGGAUCUGCGUGGAAUUGCGCAGUUUUAUUUUGGGAUCAUAAGCUGUGGUGUGACAGAUUGAAAAAGGGCAUUUCACCUCUAUGCAUGCCCUCCCGCAGAAUUGACAUGAAACAAUAGUCAGGGCUUCCACCAGCAAAUGGCAUGUCUUGACAUAAGAACAACCCACAUGAUGUUAUUUUCACAUGAUUAUAGUGCUUUCCAAACUCUUUCUUGAAGGAUUCUAUUGCAACUGGUUCCAUUGCUCUUCUAUACUUUAGAGAUGGCAGUUGGUCAACUAUAUCUGUGGCUCCAGCAAUUUUGGAAUAGAUAUUCCUCAAUGAGUCUCUCUUAGAAUCCCCCUUUCUCAAAGUGGCCAUACAAGUUUUGACAUCAUGUCCCUUAGAUCCAGUGAUAACAUGCUUUCUAAAGAAAUGCGAAUGUUGCUUAUCUGCCUGUCCUCUGGUUAAUAUCUCUAUUGUGCUUAUACCUUCCAUUUUUACCUCCUUUAUAUGGUUCAAGAAAUCAACUCUAUUGGUAGAUUGUAAAAAUGUUCUUCGAAUGGAAUAACCUUUGCAUUUUGCACCUCUGUUGCUGGUAACUCUUUCUUUGGCAGUGCUUUAAACAUAAUAUAUUCAGACCUUUUACAGACUGUCUCAAGGGAUUUUGCCAUGUCCUGCAGGUUAAGCUUAUAUUCAACAUGCUCCAAAGGGUCAAAAUUCUUCUUGGAGGAGCAGUUCAAUUCAACUUUCUUUUUAACUAUUCCUCCUAAAGUGGUCCUCUUCAACUUUAAAUCCUUUAUCUUUACUGGCUUAACAACUUUGUUGUUGGGUAACCAUUGGUAACAAGAAGGAUUAUUAAGUCCCAUUCUGCUCACAGCCUCAAUCCUAAAAAGAGCUGCUACAAUAUGAUUGCAUGUCUGAGACAGUCCAGCCAUGCAUGAGCAGUGUGUUGAGACAAUGUUUCCCAUUACAUUUCCCCAAACAGAUCCACAGUUUAUGUGGGGUAUCAUUGAUUCGUUGUGAUGGUCUGCAAUUUCCCUUGAGAAAACAGAACUCACUAUCAUCAGCAAUGGGAUGAAAAAGUAAUGGUGAUAGCCAACCCUGCGAAUAGAAACUGUAGCCCUUUGACUGUUUAUAUUCAGAGAGAUCAUUACUGGAGAGCUCAUUUGGAUGAAAUGACAGAAAGUUAUAAAUAUCUGGAUAGAGAGUAACAGGCCUUUCGUGCUCAAGGUGAUCCCUAACAAAACAAGGUCUCAUUGAUGACAUAAGCACAACAAGAAAUUGACUCGUUUUGAGUUUUCUUAGGCCAAUAGGUUGCAUUUCUUGGUGCAUUUUAAAAAGGCCUCUUUAGAACAACAUUUUCACUAUCAAUUCUUAAAUCUAGGUGAGCCUGAAAAUUGUCACAGUCAUAUUGAAUCCAAAGAGAACAACAAUUUUCGCAAUGGAUAUUAUAAUUUCUCUAUUGGCUGAAAUAGUAUCCUAAAGUAUUUAGCCCUGAAUAAUAUUUAUGUGUCAUUCGUGACAAUAGCAGCGUGAGUGCUAGUGCGAUAUCGGGUCUGUACUGUGUUGUUGUAUUCUUUGGAAAGGCAUGUUUGAAGUAUUGGAAUGAAUAGGGAUUUCAUGGAUACUUUGUGUGAUGUAUAUACUCUAAAGCCUGAAAUACAGGAUCAGUUUUUAACUAACUGUUUACAGUUUUUGAGUAUAAAUUGUAUUAAGCAAAAACUGAUGCAUUAUUGGUCGUCAGUUUUUGACUGAAGAAGUUCAACAUGUCCAAUUUUGUCAGUUUUUAACAAAUGGGAUUUCUAUUUAUUCCUAAAGACUCUUUUGUUUUAAGCUGAUGCCACGCUAAAAACCUAGCGCAAGAUGCAAAUUUUUUCAGUGCAGCAUUGAUUUCAAAAUGAGGAAAGUUUGAAACACAGAUGAGUUCAUAUAUGCAUUGAAGUACGGAAAAUUAUUAUGCAAUGUAGCGUCAGUCUAGGAAGAAAGUUUCAUAAUGCGAAAAGUUUGAAAAUGAUCCCUUUUUCCUUUUUUCAGUAUUUUUUGCCUUUUCUUGACUACCAAAGCUGCAGCAAAAAUAACCACAGUUAGAAACACAAUGCCUAGAGUUCAACAGUUAAGGCAAUAUUUAGGCAAAUAAUGGUGGCUGACUUUUCACCCACAGGCAUUGUGCAGGGUGACUUCGAAUGAGGACCUUUGUAAAGCUGGCAACGUGUGUUUACUGUUGUCAAUAAGGUACUUGUACUGGAUACAUUUGCUUCCUAUGUGUCAUAACGUGACAGGGGUGACUGAGUAAAUUGGGAAAAGCCUGUUUCCGUUUGCUCUUUCUGGGUAAUCUACUCUUUUAGAAUAGUUUCAGAAGAAAAUUUACACCAAAAAAUCACCAAUAGAACUCAAACUUCUUCAACUAUAGGAAUAAAGCAUAGGGCUCAAAUCUUGAUUGGCUGAGAGCUUGCGCUAAGUCAUGUGGUCUCUCUUGCCGCUAAGCCAAUCACGGUCCCGGAAAGUGUAAACAAACUUAGGCCAAAGCCGAAAAUUGGGCAUUUUUACCACCCUCCGUUAAAAAAAUAACGUGUAAAAUCUGCUGCGAUAAAUUUCAAAUUUUUUUAACUACAGCCCUACACAGAUAAAUUUCCCACAAAUCUACCGUGGAACAUGACCCCGAUUUUUAAUUGUUUAGAAAAUACAGCGUCUCAAACCUAGCCAGCAGAAACAUUUAUAUUGAAGAAGAUUGUAAUGAAUGAAUUAACAGUCAAAAACAACAGAUUAACAAGAAAACUCAAAUUUUAAUUAUUCUUGUUUUUUCACAAUUCACAAACCAUGUUUACUUCAACUUUAUACCUGGGAAUUUUGAUGAAAAACGAUUUCAUUCAUGACUAUCGCUUAGGCCGACGCAACAAAAUCAGUCUGACAUAACCAUGGUUUGGUCCACUUACCUCCAACAAAUGCACGCGUUUAAAAUAAUUCCACCAAAAAAAACAACAUCUAAAUGUUUCCAACCCCUACAAAACAGUUUCUGUCCUCGUGGAGAGCACGUAUCUAAAUCACUCACAUAUGAACAACAGGUCAAUUUACAAAGGGUCUGGGUCCCGUCGAAUGGCGGGAAAAUUUGACCUGUGUCACGCAAUUAUUGCCAAUUACUUGCUUAAAUUUUUUAAGUUGACAAAAAAAUAAACGACCAAAAUGGGAAGAUUUUCAAAACUUUGUGCCAAUGCACACCAUGACGAAUGGAACAGCCGUUCCAAACACCUCGUUAACUUACACGCAAGGAUUGGAAGAAGUAGUGUUUUAUUUAAAGCGUUCGACCAACGCAAUGAAAGAAAAUUGAGCGACAAGUUUUGUACAGAUUGCGUCAUUACCUGCACAAAGAAGCGCUCUUUUACAGCAAAAUUGCCCCCGAAUUUUACAGAACUUUUGUCUUAUGCUAAGGUGAGUUAAAUUUGUUUAUCAUUACCUAUGUUGAGACUGAAUAUAGAAAAAAAGCAAACACUUUGUAAAAGGGGGCGUGUCCAUCUAUACAAGAACGGAAACGUCUAUUACUCUUCAAUAACCCAUAUGUUACAAGUCACAAGCUUUUCUGAGAUUAAUUUUUAGAGAAAUCAACAGAAUUUAGUAAUUCCAUAUAAACAUAUUUAGUUUGUAAUUCCUUAUCUCAUAGUUUUUCACAAGAAAACAAUAAAAAGUUGAAUGCAGUUGAUUAUCUUUAAUUCAUUAUCAACUUAAAACUACAGAUUAUCACAGUGUCAGUUUAAGUCUAAAACAGGUAUGCUUCUUCAGUUGCAGGAAAUUGUAUCUGAGUUCGCUUCUUCAGAGAGCUCAUCAUCUCAGGACAGCACUGCAACAACAAACACGGGCCUGGAAAAAAUACCAGAUGAGCAGGAUGAGACUUCUGUGCCAUGUUUUGAGGAAACUGUGAUUAAUGGCCAGAAGUUUUCAUUGAUUCCAACAAGCCUUGUCAAGUAUGUCCCUACAUCAGAAAUCAUAACUGAUGAUAUUGUUGGACUAGGACAUGUUGAUGUGGGUAGUGAAUUUGUGUACGUGCCUGCAUAUUUCCUGCCACAGAUGAAGGCACUUCUUUCCAGGAGCAUCGACCUACAGCAUGAGGUGACCCUUUUUAGAGAACUGUUGUGGUCAAAGUAUGGCCACAAUGAUCAGCAACCACCUUUUGACCCAGAGGCUGUCAAGGUAAUGUGCCAAGAUGCAGGAGCAACCAGCAUUUUCCAAACCCUUCUAGAAGCCAUGUCGGUCCAAGAACAGACACCAAGUAAACUGCUUCAGAAUGAGAAGAAGGUUGUUGCUGCACUCUAUAUGCUUGUCUUUGGCCAGUCACAAAAAGCAAGCUGGUUCCAAAAAGUACUAUCCCAACGAGUAGUAGGAAAAGGGAUAAGUGAGACAGGACUCUCCAUUCUCAAUAAAAGUGGAGUGAGUGUCUCCAAAUCAACUCAAAAGAGAGAACGGGUGAAACUGUCAUUCAACCAUGAUAAAGCUGUUUCAACAUUUGUAUCUGAAGCUGUUGAAAACAAAGAUCUCCUGGUUCUUAUGAUAGAUGACUAUACAAAUAUUCACACAAAGAGCCGCCCUAAUGAUGCUGAAACCUCCACUGCAAUUAGUAUGGCAACUAUUCUCUUGAAGAGAUUUCAGGGUGUUCCAGCCAUUCCAUCUCUUUUUCCAACAACAAAUCCAAAGGUUGUCGACUCUGCUCUCUUGGAACAAAUUCUGUCAGAAAACAUCUCUAACUUAUCAAGUACUUAUGCCUCUGUCAUGCCACACUGGAUCCGAACCACCUUCUUUGACCCUGAGAUGGAAAGAAAACGAAUGGAGGAGCAUGAUUAUCAAGAACAGCAAUCUUGCAAGACAAUUAGACAGAUGAAAGACUGUAGACUAAUUGAUGAGCUUGAGCUUCCACUUAAGAGCUUUCAAAACUUUCUUGAUGCUGCAACUCAUGCAGUAAACCAGGGUCUCCACCUUUAUCUUUCUUCCUUUGUGUGCCCUUUUGUAGGUGAUUGGCCAGCACAGUUCUUCAUGAGACAGGUUCAAUAUAACCUCCCCAGUUUUGCUCCUUUGUCUUUACAAAAUAUUGUUCCUUUCAUUGGUCCCUUGCACAUUCAACUAAAUGCAAGAGAAUCUGUUUGUCUACUCAAUAUCGAGUUUUUCAAAAAGGCCUUUUCCUUCAUCUUUGGUGCUAGGAAACACCUUUCAAAUAAACCAAAACCGAAUUUCUUUAAUCGAUACUUUAUGGUGGUUGGACAUCAAUCAGAGAGCAAGUUACUGUAGCUUUCUCAAACUGCAAAGACCUACAGUACUUAGCCCUUUUAAAUCUGUUAGAUAAUUAUCUUCCUGUUGUCCUUUCUAGCUAUUCUGUCAUCUUUAAAAGGCAAAACACAGAGGAGUAUGCCACAUCACUUCUCAGGUGUUGGAUAAUGUUCUUUUGCUAUAAACGACACCACUACAAUAAGGCACCAUUAAUUUGGCUGAGCAAUUUCAUGCAUUAGAAGAAUCAAGAUCAUCCUCUUUUCAACACACUGAUGACAAAUCUUAAUGAUGAGUAUUUGAUGAGUACCCUGUGGAAAAUUUCCAUUCCAUACUGCGAGCUCAGUCAAGCCAUAGCGACAGUGGUGAUCUUCUGCGCCAAAAAGCAAGAGCAUUUGACAACACCAAAGCCACUUCAGCAAAAUUUUCAUCUGUUUUUGAAGUUCCAAAAAAAUACACCUUCAGCAGAUCAAAACUGGAAAGAAUUAAAUUGGAUGCCGCCAAAUUCAUUUGCAGCAUUUUGAAGCAAAUUGCCCAAAAUCCCAAUUCUGGAUAUCAGGUGCCUCGACCAGCUAGGAAAGCAAAAAAUAUGACAUACUGGAAACUGCCUGUACUUUAUGGAGAAGACACAGUUGUAGCAUCCAAGGUCCUUCCGCUUGGAUUCCAGUUUCUCAACAAGGAACCAAAUCCAAGCAGGUACACUCUUUUUGAUAAGAACCAGUAAAUUUCCUCUUUCAUCACUGAAAAAGCACACAAAUGACCAAAAACCAUCAUUAUUUUAGAUAAAACAUUGCUCAAAAUUGCAUCUAACAGUAGCUCAGCCUCAGCUUGUUCCUAAUUUAUUUUUAGCUUUUGACCAAUCUUGAAACUCAUGUUCUUAUGUUCAUGUUAAAAAAAAGUGCAUAUAUAUAUAAUGUAAUUCGGUAUAUUAUAACAUUUGCUCAUAUAAUAUAAAUGAUUUAUGUCAUAUCCUUUACUCCUUUGAGGAAAAUAACUUACUUGCUGCUGAGAGACUUUCUAAUCUAAUGGCCCCAGCCCCAGAACAUUAAAUAUGCCCUUAUGUAUCCAAAAUGUAUAUUUUACACUCAAUGUUUACCUGUGCCAAAAAUAGAAUACAGUAGAAAAAUGGAACUUCUUAGGCUUUUGAAAUUUUAACCUAUGAACAAAUUACAAACAAUUAUUUUUCUUCGUAGAUCAACUGUAUCAUUAUAGUUCACAAUUGUUAAAAUUUCAAACAAAACAUGCAAUUUUUUUAUUCUCUCCGUUUUAAGGCGAUGCGACCUACCUAAUUGUGUGCAACCAUCCAUCAAUACAAGCAUGAAAAUUCUCCAUGGUUGUGGGCACUCCUUUCAUCCGGAAUGCUUUCCUUCUGGCCCUGGCAUUUGCAAAGAUAAGUUGGUUGAUGCGAUCAAAGUUUUAUCUGAAGCUGCAUCAGCAUCCAUUCUCAAUCCAGACUCGGUGCCAAUUGUUGGUGAUCGCGAUAACGAUGAUAAAGAAAAGGGUGACGAUGGUGAGGAAGAGUUUACUACCGACGAAAAAGGCUGUGAUCCCGCAACCAUUGCUGACGCCUUCCUCGAGUUAAAAAGAGAGAUAUUUACAUGGGGCCUUAUUCCAGGACCAGAAGCUUAACGUUUUCAGAAAUCCUGGGAUCACAAAUCAAACGAUUUUUUUAAAAACCACCAAUUAACCAGCUUAGCUUCUACCUACCGAGUGACACACACAUACUGCUAACCAGAUUGGAAUAGUAAAUGGUGACCAAAUGUUUUAAAAAUCAUCAAACUGAGUGGAAAAAGUUUUUAUGAGUGUAUUAAAUUUCUUUUUAGCGGCACUCCGAUGCAAGAUCUUGAACUAAAGAACAAUCCAAUAAGAUGACAUAGCAUGUUGGCCUAAGAGCUAAAACACGUGCUUAAGAUAACUUCUUGCAAAAAAUGAAUUUUAUCAUUUGUGUUAGCAAACUUUAGCCAAAGUGCUAAUAUCUUAUAAGGUUGCAUCAUGCCAUAGAAAUUAAAGAAACUUACUGCGUUCUAAAGUACACGAACAGCAAGAAUGGAUGCACAUCGCGGCUGUUCAAGUUCGAGUCAGUCGAGUGCAAAGCACAUGUCAUGUUGAGCAUUCCGGAACAUACCAUAACCCGGAAACAGAACAGAAGUGACAUUUCUAUUCUGUGACCCGGAUAAUGUGGACGUCAACGCUUCGGGCACUAGCACUGCCAUUAAAUAUAAUUUCCUGACCACUUACAAGAUUUUACCACAUAGAAUAAAAAAAAUUGAAUUCCGAAAUCUGCGGAGAGCUACCAGUUACUGAUUUUGUUGCGUCGGCCUAAGCGAUAGUCAUGAAUGAAAUCGUUUUUCAUCAAAAGUCCCAGGUAUAAAGUUGAAGUAAACAUGGUUUGUGAAUUGUGAAAAAACAAGAAUAAUUAAAAUUUGAGUUUUCUUGUUAAUCUGUUGUUUUUGACUGUUAAUUCAUUCAUUACAAUCUCCUUCAAUAUAAAUGUUUCUGCUGGCUAGGUUUGAGAUGCUGUAUUUUCUAAACAAUUAAAAAUCGGGGUCAUGUUCCACGGUAGAUUUGUGGGAAAUUUAUCUGUGUAGGGCUGUAGUUAAAAAAAUUUGAAAUUUAUCGCAGCAGAUUUUACACGUUAUUUUUUUAACGGAGGGUGGUAAAAAUGCCCAAUUUUCGGCUUUGGCCUAAGUUUGUUUACACUUUCCAGGACCGUGAUUGGCUUAGCGGCGAGAGAGACCACGUGACUUAGCGCAAGCUCUCAGCCAAUCAAGAUUUGAGCCCUAUGCUUAGGAAUAAUAAAGGGGGCACAAGCAGUAACGUUGAUCUUCAGGGCUUCAAGUGAGCGUAUAUCACCCAUUAAUGAAUUAUAGAACUGCCUUAAACUGGUAACUGAGUGUGUUGGCUUUGGCAUCUUUGAAAUCUUAACCUGAAUACCUUUCACAAAUCCUCUAGCAAACAAACUUUUGGUCCAUUUACACCAGUUACAAUAUAACAAUGUCCGGGACAAUAACUCACAGAAUGAUAGUCACAAUGGCUUCUGUUGAUUGGUCAGAUGAAAGAUAUUGCUGUAAGGUGCCUCAAUAUCUCAAAAAUUUCAUUAAAAAUUCUUUCAUGGGAGAUAUCUCUCAGGAUGACAGUAGAUUUGGUGCCUGAAUUAGUACUAUUCACAUUGGUUUACAUAUUAUCGAUCACAUAAAUGUCUAAAGGUCUUUAACACAUGUAUAAAUGUAGACUUACAUUUUACUUCACAGAAAACAAAGACAAGGAAAAAGCAGGCAUUGACUGGGUGGCAAACAAUUAAUGCCGGGAAAUUGAAGCUAGCUGCAGAAAAGAAAAAGAAUGAAUCGAAUCUUAUCUAUAUUAGGGAUGUUGACUGUGGCUGCUGAAGCAUGUUACCACAUAAAUUGCUAUAUGAGUUAUAUCAAUUUCUCAAAUUUUAAAGUCAAUGAUCAGCCACCAGUACAACUUUACAAUGUGUCAUUUGGAAAAACGUGCGACCAGAUUGUUCAAAAGAAAAUUAUCAGCGACAAAGAGGCUAUGUUCAUGACUAAACUGUAACAUGAAUUUAAAUAGAUCUCUAAACUGUAAAAGGUAAAGAGGCAUCUAAUUAUAGAGCCUUUCGAGUCAAACAGAGGUUGAAAAACCGCUUUCCUCAGCUUAUUUUUCAUACACCUGGUCACAGGAACAAAAGUGAAAUUAUAUUCUGUGAGGAUCUUUCUGUUUGGUCAGUAAUUGAAGAUAGUACAAUUACAACAAAUG